GCCUCGGCCGCGGUCCCCUCCGCUCCGGCCUCCGGCCUCCCUCCGGACGCGCUGUGGACUUUCUCCCCGCGGCUCCGUUCUGCCCCCAGGUUGCGUCCAGCUGGAAUGAAUAGAUCUGCGCCGCCUUACUGUGUAGAGGAGAUCCCGCAAGCCAGGGGCGACUGUUCAUGGGGUCCCGGGCCGGAGCCCGCCUCUGACCCCGGGCUCGCCUUCCGCCGCACCCCGGGGCUCGACUCCGCGCCCAGCCGGACCCCCAGCCCGGCCCCCGGCUCCGGCCCCGGCUCCGGCCCCGGCUCCGGCCCCGGCUCCGGCCCCGGCUUCGCCCCCAGCCCGGAGCCCGGCUAUGGAUACAGUCCGCCCCCGGGCCGGGGCGACGGCAAGCCCAGCGAGGACUCCCGCAUCCGCCGGCCCAUGAACGCCUUCAUGGUCUGGGCCAAGGACGAGCGCAAGCGGCUGGCGCAGCAGAACCCGGACCUGCACAACGCCGUGCUCAGCAAGAUGCUGGGUCAGUCGUGGAAAGCCCUGAGCCCCGGCGAGAAGCGGCCGUUCGUGGAGGAGGCGGAGCGGCUGCGCAUCCAGCAUCUGCAGGAUCACCCCAAUUACAAGUACCGCCCCCGGAGGAAGAAGCAGGCCAAGAAAAUCAAGAGGCUGGAACCCAAUAUCCUGCUGCACAACCUUUCCCAGCCCCGCAGCGGCGAGGGCUUCGCCAUGACUCACCCCGGGGCGGCCCAGGCCGGCCACCCCCAGCCUCCCCCCCUCAACCACUUCAGAGAACUCCACCCCCUGGGCUCGGACCUGGAGAACUACGGGCUGCCCACGCCGGAGAUGUCCCCGCUGGACGUGCUGGAGCAGAGCGAGCCGGCCUUCUUCCCCCCGCACAUGCAGGAGGACUGCGGGCUGAUGGCCUUCCGGGCCCCCUACCCGCAACCGGCCCCGCACGGCCCGCCGCUGGAGUACCCCCCGGAGAAGGCCCUGGGCCGGGACCUGCUGGGGCCCUACGGGCAGCCCCCGGCCUCAGCCCAGCUGGCCGAGGCCCUGAGGACCGCCCCGCCGCCCGGCCUCUACUACGGCCAGAUGUGCGCCGCCCCCGGGCCCCCGGCCGGCCUGUCCCCCCACCUGGGCCAGCUGUCCCCCCCGCCCGAGGCCCACCACCUGGACGGCGUGGAGCAACUGAGUCAGGCCGAGCUGUGGACGGACGUGGACCGCAAUGAGUUCGAUCAGUACCUGAACAUGAGCCGGACUCGACCGGACGGCCCGGCCCUUCCCUAUCAGGUGUCUCUGGCCAAAGUGACUCCGCGGCCCCUCUCCUGCGAGGAGAGCAGUCUCAUCUCGGCCUUGUCCGACGCCAGCAGCGCCGUGUACUAUAGCACCUGUAUCACCGGGUAGAGCCGGGGAGGCCUCGGGCCCCGGACCCCUCCAACGGAUAGACCCCCUCCCCCCACCCCCACCCCAUCCCUCUAGACAAAGCACCACUAUCCUAUUUAGAGCAUCUCAGUAAAUGCAUAGCGCUUCUUUUUGUAAAUGCUCCAGUCACUGAUAUACUGUAUAACUCUAUAACACAAAUAUAAUGUCCUUUUUUCCAAAGCACGGGGAUGGGUAGACCUAUAUAGGUGUGCGUAUGUCCAUGCGUCUCUAGAGAUGUGUGCAUAUAUAUGCAUAUACAGGUCUAUGCACACACAUGCGUGUGUGUGUGUGUGUGUGUAUAUAUAUAUAUAUACACCCAGCCUUGCAAAUGACAACAAAACCUUAUAGGAUCACCGCCAUCCCCCCCCAAAAAACUUUCCAGCUCUCACUCCCAGCGAGAAGGCCCGUAGAGUAGAAAACAGAAGAGUUCGGCGUUCUUAACCACUCGCCCAACACCUUGUUUACUCACUCCGGACGGGAGAGGCGAGUGGCUCUCUGCAAGGCUGCGAGUACUCUAUAUACACACAUUCAUGACUCUGUGAUACACACACACAUAUAUAUAUAUACAUAUAUUUUGUCUGUACAUGCCUGUGGUUUUGGAAAAUGUCGCAAAGCUUCGUUACACUUUGUCUGCAGCAGGGUUUGCCUCUGCUUACAGGGUCAGAGUUUUCUACCGUGUUUCUGGGACGUCUUCCUUUCGAAGCGAUAUAUUUUCAUUGGGCAAUGGGACUAUAUUUUUACUAAGCCUUUAUAUAUAAUAUGAUAUUUAAUUUUUUAUUAUCAGACAUCCUUUUUUUAGAAAAAAAAAUGUGUUUUCUUCCAAGGGGAUUUCCCCUUGAGUUCUGAAGCAUCGAUGUAGCA